AUGCUUUUGGCAACUACAAGUAUCUUCGAAAAACUAUCAUGCUUUACUGAGUACCUGUCCAAUCAGAAGCACCCAUGCAUCCGCUUGGAAAGGACUAAGGAGUACACGCCUAUCUCCAAUGUACCAAAUAGUAGCACAGAAGAAUACUGGGGGAGACAGGAUGCUGCACAGGCCAUUGCAUUGUUUGGCAAGGAUUGGGUCUUGGAGGAGGAAUUGCUGAGGGAGACUGGAGCAGGUACAUCCUUACAUAACUUAUUAUUCUCAAUGAGUAAGAUAUGGACUGGGUAG